AUGGCUGAAGAUUAUGGGUUCGCCCCAGAGGAAAUGACCGUGAAUGAGAACCUUGGGUACCCAAAAGCCUACUCAAAACUCUGCUGCGACAGGGGUUUCAGUCCCUACAGCCAUGGCCCUCCCUUCACUUUCAUCCCUUAUGGUUUGCAGGAAGACGAGGUUGAGAGAGGAAGGGGUUUAGAUCAGAUGUUUCCUGUGAUCGAUCCGAAAGCUAAGCCAACGACCAAGCCUAAAAUCUUUGUCAGUAUCUUGUGGAAGCAGCUCAGCCAUCUUGGGAAUGCUGGAUUUGACCCUGCGGUUAUUCGAGUAGAUGCUUAUGGCAAUGUUCUGUAUUAUCAUGCUGACUCAGCCUCUCCUCUAGCUUGGGACAUUGAUCACUGGUUUCCUUGUUCAAGGGGAGGUUUGACUGUUCUGAACAAUCUAAGGAUAUUACAGCGGCAAGCAUGUAAGAGGAAGAAAAAUAAGCUGGAAUUCUUAGUGCCAUGGUGGGAUUUCCAAUUGGGUAUCUCUGUAAACCAGUUCCUGACCAUUUUUGCUUCUUCAAACUCAGACUUCAGGCACAGAGCCUUUUCAUUUUUGUUUUCUGAUGGAGAAAAUCAAGAACUGAAUGCUUCACAAAUAGUAGAUUCUCAUUCUUUUCCGCAACACUUCAUUGGGUUGAAAGAAGAAGUUGGUCUUGCUCCAGCUGCAAUCGUAGAAUCCCGAAGGGAACCAUAUGAUACACUAGCUUUAAGACAACUUGAUUACAAUAAGAACCCGAGGCCUAUAAAAAGAAAUGGCAAUCUCCUGAAAGAAAACGAAGAUCCAGAGUUUGUUAGAAACCCCUAUCAAGCCAUUGUCAUGGCCAGAGAUUCCUUGAAGCAAAGAGAAGAAACUACAAAAAUGCAGGCAGAAAUACAGAAGUUAGAUAAUGAAGUGAAUGAAACGAGGCUAAAAAACGAGGAAGAAAAGCUUAUUAUUCAAGACCUGGAAUUGGCGCUCAUAAAACGUAAGAGGAAGGCAGAAAAGUGCAGACGGUUAGCUGAGGCUCAAUCUUCCUACAGGACCAUGCUAGAGAAGAUGAUUAGAGACACUAUGCACCAGAGUGUCAUUUAUAAGGAGCAGGUAAGAUUGAACCAGGCUGCAACUAGUGCACUAAUGGCUAGACUUGAAGCACAGAGGGAAAUUUGUGAUGCUGCAGAAAAAGAGCUUCACAAGAAGUAUAGACAAAGAGAUGACAUAGAGAAACAGAUUAGACCUGAAUGGGACCAAGGAAGGAAGAGGUCAAGAAUAGAUGCUUCCAUUCUUGAAGAGAGAGACAAUAAACCUGUUCUUUAUUUGCCUGGAAUGAGGCCAAGAACACCUUUUCACAAGGAGCUCAGAGUGUUUUUGGAGGAGGAACAAAGGGCAUCCGUAGCUGGCUUGUCUGCAAACGAAGAACAAAAGCAAGAGGAAAAAGAAGAGAAGAUGAAAAUGCCAGCUAAUAGUAUCACACAAGAGAAGCUUGAGGAGCAUACCAAAUCACUUGUUGCGGCCUUGGAUGAAGAAAACUCAAUUGAGCACAAACUUCAGAAGCUAGAAAUCAGUGAAGGCAAGAGGAAUUAUGCUGUUUCAUUGCCAGUUCUUCAUGAGACAAAAACUGAGGAAGAUGAAGAAACCAGGAAGCAACGUGGCAAAGGGAAUGUUGAAAAGUGGCUUCAAAUGCUUUUGGAAAAUAAUCCAGAAGAAGGAACGGAUCCACAAGAAACAAACGAAAAUGCUUCUUGUGGGACUCAAAAUAUAAUCCAACAAUUGAAUCAGAAGUUCCCACAAAAGGAGUUGAAGAUCUCAGAAGUUUCAGAUUCUGAUUAUAAAGAGAAGCAGCUGCAGCUUCUUCAAGACAAGAACGGUUGGACAGAGAAAGAAGAUAGAAUAGAAAAUGAUGCUAGGAGUGUUGUGCCGACAGGAUAUAAAAAUUACUCUGAAGAAGCUUUCAUAGAUGAAGGAAAUGGUACGCCUAGUUUUGAAGGGAUACAAGGAAGGGAACAACAUAAAAAGGAAAAAGGGCUUGCUAGAUCAGAGAGUGCCAGGACCUUGAGGCGAAUCCCAUCAUCUCCAUCUUUGCUUCAAGGGAUGAAAAAAGGUGUGGACAGCAUUAGGAAGAAAAUAAGCAAGUGA